CAUGAUGGGAAAUAAACUAAUUGGUCGAUACGAUGAGGGUUUUUGAGCUGGUUUGCCAGGUUUCAGGAAGAGGAUGAUGUUAGAAUAUUUCCAAAGUAAGGGAAAAUGGCGAUUUUAACGCUGUUUUUUAAUUGCUUAUUAAAAAUUAAAAGUAAUAUUUUUUGGAAUUUAAAAUUUCUUCUUAGUUGCCAAGACCUAAGAUUAACACCCUGCAUACGAUUGAGGCGUGAAUAUGGCAUGUAACUUUCAGGGUAGCUAAAUAAAUUGUUUAAUCAGUUAAAGUGACACUUUCAUUAGGAAGAGAUUUUCCCACUUCUUUUGAACAAAGCUCGGAAGAAAACAAAAGGAAAACCUUGAAUAAACAGAAGGAUCAAAGUGUUCAAUGUUAAGGUAGGUAAUGGGUAGAGGGGUGGCUGGAAGGGAUAAAGCGAUUCAUAUCAACCACCCCCAGUAGGAACUUGGCUCGCGAUCACUCAUCAUCCCUGCUAAGUCCGCUUAGCAUAAAAGCCGAGAUGUUAAUUAUCCUAUGGCUUUUUCCCGUUUUCUUCUCCCGGGCCGAAACCAGACGGGUUUUUUCUAAAAAAGAAGGCCUCAACCGAAUGUCAUGUUUCAACGGCGAUCUUAAGAUCUACAGGGAGGACAAUUUCACCGGGCAGACGGAAGAUUUCCAGACCGAAACACCCUGGAUAUACGAAUCGACGACGGAAAUUCACAACGAAUCUAUAUUUGACAACGUGACAGAACUUUCGGUGGAGGAAGAAAGAUACGCAAAGUUCAUUAAAAUCUACCCUGUGGGCAGCUGGAAGUCGUUGGGAUUCUUAACGGAAGACUUCUUCAACGAUAUUAACCCCCAUUGGUUCAAUUACCCACCCCCUUCUCACAGAUCUCACCACAUAUUUGCAGCCAUUUACGCUAUCCUUGCUGUGAUCGGCCUGUCAGGAAAUGCACUCGUGAUAUUCAUGGUUUUGAGUUUCAGGCCUUUGAGGACGCCUUCGAACAUCCUGAUUAUGAACCUGGCGCUGAGCGACUUCCUGAUGAUGACAAAAGCUCCGGUCUUCGUAUACAACAGUUUAUACUUCGGGCCCGCACUCGGAUCGACAGGAUGUCAAGUGUACGGCUUCUUGGGCGGUCUUACUGGAACUGCGUCGAUAAUGACUCUGGCCGCGGUGGCACUCGAUAGAUAUUAUGUUAUCGCUUAUCCCUUAGACCCUGCGCAUAAAAUAACAAAAUUGCGAGCGCUCGUUUGGAUUUUGAUGAUAUGGACUUACUCGUCUAUUUUCGCGAGUUUGCCACUUACGAUUAGGGGGAUUAGUAAGUAUGUACCCGAGGGGUAUCUUACGGCUUGCAGUUUCGACUAUUUAAGCGAGACCUCUGCGAAUCGCACAUUCAUUUUCACGUUUUUUGUAGGAGCGUGGUGCGUACCGUUCUCGGUCAUAGUUUUCAGUUACGCCGGGAUCGGCCGGGCCGUGUGUUUGGUCGGUAUGAAAAGACAAGGCCAGGAGAAAGAGAUUAGAAAAAGGGAGAUUAAACUGACCCUUGUUGUGAUUUUGGUCAUAGCCAUGUGGUUCGUGGCGUGGACUCCCUACGCCAUAGUGGCCCUACUUGGUAUAUUCGGUCAAAAACGUUUCAUAACCCCUCUGGUAUCUAUGAUACCGGCGGUAUUUUGCAAAACUGCAGCAUGCACGAACCCGUUCGUCUACUCCCUGAACCACCCGAGGAUGAGGCAGGAACUUUUCAAGUUGCUCUGCCCUAAGAGGUACGUACUGCAGAGAAGCUGGAGGUUGGCAAGGAGGUCCAGUUCGUUUAACUUCACGACUUCCAUUGGAAAAGAACGCUACUCUCACAAUUAUGUACAAAAUCACAACUCGCAGUGUUAUUUGAACACAAUCGAACUCAAAAAUUUUACAAACGACUCAGCCUUAUCGAAAGUUUAACGAUUCUGAUGAUUUCUAACAUAAAAAAAAAACUUAAGUCAAACAAAUACAAUCAAUUUAAUUUCUA